AUGAAAGCAAGAAUGAAGCGAAGGUUCCUGCCGCUAGAUUACGAGACGACCUCUUUUCAAGAGUUCCUCACGCUUCGACGAGACAAUCUGACCAUGGAGUACACGCAGCGUUAUUAUGACUUAGUCAUUCGAUGCCACUUAACAGAAACGGGAAGACAACAAGUGGCACAUUAUUGCAAUGGGCUACAGUUCGAGAUUCAAAGAGAGUUGGUAACUAUUUGGCUCAACAGCGUAGACGAGGCGUAUCAAAUGGCUCGAAAAGUGCAAGACCAGAAGUUGAUGAUAAAGUGUGGUAACCUUCAAGGUGGGGGUUAUGCAUCCACUCGUUCCACUACUAGUGGCUCCACUUCGCGCCCACAACCAUUCAUGCCCUGCACUAACUUACCUCGGGAUUACAAAAUCGGUCAGAACGCUGCCCAAUCUGCUUCCAAUCCUCUUCCCCAAAACGGUGAUACCAAGGGAAAGUCUGUUGCAGUAACGCAAGGGAGGUCGACCAACGAUUACUUUAAGUGUGGUGGUCGUGGACAUUACGGGACUGAGUGUCCCUCUUGCAAUCUCCAAUUUUGUGAGACAAAAGACUUCAUUACAAACCAAGUGGAAGAUGAACACGCAAAUGAUCCAGAAGAUGAUGAGCAGGAACUUGAGGAAGGCCUCGAUGGCCUAAAUGAAAACAAGUUAUCAUUGGUGGUUAGAAGAAUUCUGACAGCACCAAAGGAGGAGGCUCAAGAAAACUGGCUGCGAACGAAUAUUUUCCAUACACGAGUAUCAUGUGGUGAAAAGGCUGUCAAGGUCAUUAUUGACAGAGGCAGCAGCAUGAACGUGGUAUCACAAAGCAUGGUGGACAAGUUAAAACUGAAACCUCAAACGCAUCCCAAGCCAUACAAGAUUGCGUCGAUGAAUGACACGUUCAUCCCUGUGACUAAGAGGUGCUUAGUCAACUUCUCUCUGGGUCGUUAUGAAGAAUCGCUUUGGUGCGACAUCAUUCCAAUGAAGGUCACACAUAUAUUACUGGGGCGCCCAUGGAUAUAUGACAAGGAUGUGACUCACAAGGGUCGCAAGAACACAUACAGCUUUAUAUACAAAGGAAAGCCCAUUACUCUUAACCCUAUGAAAGAUGACAAACUUGAAGAGGCAAAGUCGGCUUCCACAUUGUUGAGCAUGGCCCGAUUCAUGGAGGAGAGUCGUGAACGUGGAAUCAUGUAUGCUCUGGUAAGAUGCAAGAUCAAUCCAAUUGAUAAUGUUUUUGCUCAACAACCCGAUAUUCUGGACAUUCUAUCUCAAUUUCAGGAUUUGGUCCCUGAUGAACUACCUAGUGAGCUUCCACCCAUGCGCGACAUUCAACAUGUUAUUGAUCUGGUACCUGGAGCGCCAUUACCGAAUCUUCGAGCAUAA